AUGUCAUUCAGAAAGAAGAAAGACCAAGAUGCAUACAUAUAUCCAAGAACUUUAAGUACAGAGGUUGCAGAGCAUGAAGAUCAAGACCCUCCUUACCCAGAACAUUCAAGGUCUGCAGGAUCUAAUACAACCUGGUCUGAAGAUCCUAACCUCAUCACAAUCCACAUGGUAAACAAGAAUAACUUUCCUCCUGACCAUACUACCACCACAACAAUGACUUCAGACAGGAAGAACAAGUGGCCACAUGAUCCUACUCUCAAUACAGCAAACACUUCAAAUACAAAGAAUAUAUUUGCAAGUGGUAAUCCUGUUAUCACCAUCACAAAGGUUUCAGAUUCCAAUUAUAAACUGUCAACUGAUCCUAGUUUCAAUACAACAAAGCCUUCAGAUAUGAGGCUGUCCAGUGAUUCUAAUUCCCAUACAACAAAGCCUUCAGAUGUGAUGCUACCCAGUGAUUCUAGUUUCCAUACAACAAAGCCUUCAGAUUCAAGGCUAUCCAGUGGCUCUAGCUCCCAUACAACAAAGACUUCAGUUAUGAGACUAUCCAGUGGCCCUAGUUCUAAUACAACACAGCCUUCAGAUAUGAGACUAUCCAGUGGCCCUAGUUCUAAUAUAACAAAGUCUUCAGAUAUGAAACUAUCCAGUGGCCCUAGUUCUAAUAUAACAAAGUCUUCAGAUAUGAAACUAUCCAGUGGCCCUAGUUCUAAUAUAACAAAGCCUUCAGAGUCAAGGCUAUCCAGUGGCUCUAGUUCCAAUACAAUAAAGCCUUCAGAUUCAAGGCUAUCUAGUGGUUCUAGCUCCCAUACAACAAAGAUUUCAGUUAUGAGACUAUCCAGUGGCCCUAGUUCUAAUACAGUAAAGCCUUCAGAUAUGAGGCUAUCCAGUGGCCCUAGUUCUAAUACAACAAAGCCUUCAGAUAUGAGACUAUCCAGUGGCCCUAGUUCUAAUACAGUAAAGCCUUCAGAUAUGAGGCUAUCCAGUGGCCCUAGUUCUAAUAUAACACAGCUUUCAGAUAUGAGGCCAUCCAGUGGCCCUAGUUCUAAUACAACAAAGCCUUCAGAUAUGAGACUAUCCAGUGGCCCUAGUUCUAAUACAGCAAAGCUUUCAGAUAUGAGACUAUCCAGUGGCCCUAGUUCUAAUACAACACAGCCUUCAGAUAUGAGACUAUCCAGUGGCUCUAGUUCUAAUACAACACAGCCUUCAGAUAUGAGACUAUCCAGUGGCCCUAGUUCUAAUACAACACAGCCUUCAGAUAUGAGACUAUCUAGUGGCUCUAGUUCUAAUAUAACAAAGCUUUCAGAUAUGAGGCCAUCCAGUGGCCCUAGUUCUAAUACAGCAAAGCUUUCAGAUAUGAGACUAUCCAGUGGCUCUAGUUCUAAUAUAACAAAGCUUUCAGAUAUGAGGCCAUCCAGUGGCCCUAGUUCUAAUUCAACACAGCCUAGUAUCAAUGGAAAUAAAUCUUCAGAUCUUAUUAAGCUGUCCCGUGAUCCUAGUACCAUUUCAACAAAGUCUUCAGAUCCUAAGAAUAAGUUGUCUAGCAUCAUUUCAAUGAAGUCUUUAGAUAGUAAGAAUAAAUUUCUAAGUAGUAAUCAUACUAUCAAUUCAGAUAUUACUACCAACACAACAAACACUCCAGCUUCAGUGGAUACACUAGUAGUUGGUCCUGCUCCCUUCACAGAAGACUCUUCAGAUAUGCAGAGUGAGUCAGAAGAACAGCUACCAAAUGUAUCUUUACCAACCUACCAAAGACAAUCGUCAGUGACCAGAAAGGUAGACAUAUUCCAUCCCCCAAGCUCAAUAGAUUUUACCUCUGAUAUUGAGCAUUUAAAACAGUCAAUAGUACUCAAAUCAAUUUUAAGUAAAAAUCUGCAAGACCUUUCGGAUGAGUUAUUUUCUAAACCAGGUGGGACGAAAGACAGAGUGUUCGAAAAAGUACAAGAUAUAAACAGCUGGCUUUCACCGAAAGGCAUUCUAAAUUCACAGGCUCUUUUAAGUCCGGUGACUAAAAGGGUUCCUCAAGAUUUGCUUCCAGAAGGAGGGUCAGGAACAUCUUCAGACAUAGAAGAUACCUCUGACAGACUCUUAGAGGCUGCUAAAACACAUUUCCCAAAGAACAGAAAGAGUAGUUUCAAAACAAAACAUUUAGUAAGUGAAAUGUCAGGUUCCAGCCCAGGUUUAAGUGGUAGGGUAUAUGACUAUAUUAUUAAGCAAAUAUUCACUGGACCCACACUCUCAAAGCUGGAGACAGGAAUGAAGCCACUGAGUGAGGCACAGAUGAUGGCCUUAUGGGAUCAGCUGUUCACAUCUUGGGAGAGAAGUGCAUCAUCACAGAUUCGUAACUAUGAAGAAAAAGGCAAGGAAGUUCCUUUGUCACAGCCCAAAACUGAUAUAGGCAAAAUAAUGCAAUCAUUUCCUGUAGAAACUCUCUUAGAAUCUGGAAUAAUCAAAGUGAUAGAACUAGACAAAGAAAACCAGAGCUCUUUGUUGAACAUACGGACAGCCUCUCCUGAGGAGAAUCUGCAGAACCCCACAGAGCAGCACUAUAAUGUCAAAAAACAAACAAAACUGCUUGCAAGACAGAAUACACCUAACUCUAAUCCCACUGACACAUUUAUGAAUGGAGCUGAUUACACAGAAGACAGGCAAGGUAUGUCAGCACAAGAGUCAAAAUAUCCAAGAGCAGACAAAAAGUCAGUCUUACCAAAUGAACACCAGAGUCUGGACACAGAGGAGGCUGGGCCAAGUUCCACUUUAGAGACUUUAAGUAGCUUACUGGACAGACUUAAAGACCCCGACACAGUGAUGUUAAAAUCCUUCCUAAAAAAUAUCUUCAAUGUUUUCAACUCAGAAAGAAGAGAACAUCCAGAAAAAGAGCUUGACAGACCAAUUCAACAUUCUUCACCACGUGGUACAGAACAUUUGGAAAAAAAUCAGGAGAAUUCUAAUAAGGCAGACGAAGUAGACAGGAAGCCCAUUUUGGAUCCGAAGCUGUGUGUGUUUCUAGAAAAACUCUCAGAGUCGGAAGUGAAAAAUCUGAAGUCUGAGUUGAGCAAGUACAUUCAGCAUUACCUUGUAGAAAAGCUCUCAGAGACCGGCCACAUCACCAAGAAGGACUUACCAAAAAUCCACCGAAACCUCUUUGUGAUGAACGAGAAGGAGGGGCUAAAAGAGCAGAGCCCUUUUCAGGAAAAGUAUUCAGAAACUGUCAAAGAAAUCAUGUCUUUUGUAAAUAAUUUUAACCAUCAUUUCAUAGAUAAACAUUUAGAGAUAAAGCUUAGAUCUUUUCUAAAUGAAAUUCUCCAAAAUUAUUUCUUGAAGUAUCUUUCAGAGAGCAAUUUAGAUAACAAGACAGAUGGUGUGGCUCUAUGUACCAGCAUGUCAUCUCUGAGAAGUAAGAGCACCCAGAGCUCUUUGCAUAGUCUGGCGCAAGACAUUUCCAGUGGGAGUUUUGGUUCAAGGCUUAAAAUAAACAUGAACUGCUCUUUAAAUGACUCUGUACAGAACUGUCUUAAGGUUUUAUCAGAAAAUGAAUCACUAAGUAUAAAAGCUGACUUGAGCAAAUACGUCCAGGUCCUCUUUACAGAAAAACUACAUAAAUCAGGACUAAUGACAGAAAGACAAAUAAGGACGAUCAACCAUCAAGUUAACUCACUUACUUCGUCUCCCAUGCCAUUAAAAUGCAUAAAGCCAGAUUUACAUUUUAAAGAUGAAAGUAAUUUUAUGAGGGAAGAUUCAGAAGAGCAAAUGAAAUAUCCAAAAAGUGGUCAAAAUGCCACUUUACAAAUAUAUCUGGAAGAUAUGCGUGGAGAAGCAGAGCUGGCCAGAAAGCAAGACAAGGGGAGCGCUUUCUCACACAAUUUAAAAGAAACCUCAGCAAUUUGGGACCAUAAACAUGUCUAUAGUAGGGAAAUUAAAACACUAAAUUUAGUAAAAGUACAACCUCCUCCCAACAAAAAUAUCCAGGCAAAUCCAUUAAAUAAGUCACUGGAAAGACCUGUAGAUUUAUUACUUAAGAAACACAAGAAAGAUCACGGUUUCAUGCAACUUCCUCAAGCAGAAAACUCUGUUUACAAAGCAGAGACUCAAGAGCUAUACAGUUGGGAUGGUAGAUCAAAAACAAUUCAAUCAAAACCUUUCUUUGAAAAGACACUAAAAGUGAGGCCACUUGACCAGAGAGAGAACAAUAACAUUUGUAAAUUGACUGUUCAGGAAAAACCCGAUACAGGAUUUUCACCCUAUCUAAAACUUCCUACCUGCAAAAUGUCAAGAGAAAAUGAACACUUAAACAGACUCUCCUUCCCUACCUGGCGGGCUAACACUUUCAUUUAUGUCAACACAGAGAGUGGGGAACAGUCCAAAUUAGACCAGUAUUGUCAGAGGUGGAAAGAAAAUAACAAUAACAACAAGAAACACUUGGUAACAUUUGCACAAUUCAAAAAUGAAAUGGAAACUCUUUAUGUAAACCCAUAUGAAGCUUGCAAUGAAAGAUAUGCCAGGAUCUCAGACUCACAGUCAUUUAAACUUAAAGGAAAUGAGAAAAACUCAAGGUCAUCCUUCUUCCCAGAAGUACUGAAGAGAGAAAACAUGAAACACACAAGAAAAGAAAGAGAUUACACCGUCAAACCAAAGAAGUCAUUUCACAAGAUAGUUAGGAUAUUACCAGCCACACUGCCUCCUACAAGGCCUCAUCUCCGGAAAUCUGUUCCAAGAACUUUACUUCACUGGACUGCAAGGAGAACUAUACAUGAUUGUUUGGAUAGAUAUGAAGAUUUACAUAUACCCUCAGUUAAGCAUCCUAAAAACUCAAAAUCAAGAGCAAGACUUUUAGGCAAGAGUCCAGAUGAUUUCCAUAACCGGGUAAAACACUGUGCACGACCGUACACUGCUCCAGAGCCUAACAAACGAAGAGAAAGUGUCCCCGGGAAAUUUGCAAGUCCUCGGAUGGUUUCAGCAGGCUUAGUUCAUAUACAUGAUACUACCCCAGAGUAUGAGAUACGUAAAAUUCGGCCCAAAAGGAAAUUAAAAGAAAAUAUUGAAAAACGUCCACUCAUUUGUGAUAUUAUCCGGAUGCUAGACACUGCAGAAUGAUAUGUGAGGCCACCAGUCAGAAUAUAAUUUCUCCAUUAACAAAAUGGUUUGAAGAUCUAUCUUUGUGUGUGAUACAAGUCAGCAACUAAAUUUCAUCUUGUUAGACCAUUUUGUUAUGAUUAAAAUGAAAAAUAAACACAUUCUAUGUAAACGUGUUUUUGUUUAUAAACCUUCCAGAACAAACUUUAAAAAUGUAUAUACAUUUGGUGUUCAUUUGCAAAAUUUUGCACCCCAGCUCUUCCCUUUUGGGGUGAAU